AUGGCUUCAAGCGUCAGCCCUUCCAAUUGGGACUCUUCAAAAUUGUUCAAAUUUGAAGAGGACUGGCAUUUGGGGGCAUUUGGAAUGAUAAAGAGUUUGGUCUUGCCUUGCAAGGCAUUGAAGUUUCCCUCUGCAAAGUUUGAAGGGUCUAACCAGUUACGACACAAAGGAACAAAAAUGGAGCUCACUAUAACACGCCCUGAUGAUUGGCAUCUUCACCUUCGUGACGGGGAACUUCUUCAAGCUGUAGUUCCUCACAGUGCAAGUCACUUUGCAAGAGGAAUAGUGAUGCCAAAUCUGAAACCUCCCAUCACUACCACAGCUGCAGCUGUGUCUUACCGAGAAUCCAUCUUGAAAGCACUGCCUGCCGGUAGUGACUUCACUCCUCUUAUGACUCUCUAUUUGACAGACACCACAAAUCCUAACGAGAUCAAGCUUGCAAAAAGAAGUGGGGUUGUGUAUGCUGUGAAGUUGUACCCUGCUGGUGCCACAACAAAUUCUCAAGAUGGGGUUACAGAUCUUUUUGGAAAAUGCCUACCUGUCCUUGAGGAGAUGGCCCAACAGAAUAUGCCUCUGCUGGUUCAUGGAGAGGUUACAGAUGCUGACGUUGAUGUAUUUGAUCGUGAAAAGGUUUUCAUUGACACUGUUUUACGACCUUUAAUCCAAAGACUUCCACAGCUGAAGGUUGUGAUGGAGCAUGUCACUACUAAGGAUGCUGUUAAGUUCGUAGGGUCUUGCAAAGAAGGUUUUGUAGCAGCUACAGUUACUCCACAACAUCUUCUUCUGAAUAGAAAUUCUCUUUUCCAAGGAGGAUUGCAGCCUCACAAUUACUGUCUGCCUGUACUCAAAAGAGAGAUUCACAGACAGGCUAUCGUGUCAGCUGUAACUAGUGGAAGUAAAAGAUUUUUUAUUGGAACUGAUAGUGCUCCUCAUGAGAGACGAAGAAAAGAAUCUUCUUGUGGGUGUGCUGGUAUAUACAGUGCCCCUGUUGCUCUAUCAUUAUAUGCCAAGGUCUUUGAAGAGGCAGGUGCUCUUGACAAGCUAGAGUCCUUUGUAAGCUUCAAUGGGCCAGACUUCUAUGGACUUCCUCGAAACACGUCAAAGAUAAAGCUGAGCAAGACUUCAUUUAAGGGGAUGCGAAAUAUGCUCAAUUCCAUUUCGUUGCAUAAACAAGUGGUGGUAGAGAAUUUGACAGGAAGUCUCUUUUAUGUUCAAGUGGGCAACAAUGCCACGGUUGCUGAUCUAAAGCGAGAGAUUGAAACCCAACAGAAACUCCCUUACGACCGUAUGAUCUUGAUUCUCGGCGCUGAUGAUCAUAGACUUAUGAUGAAGGAUGAUGGCGAUGAUGGGGUUUUCGCUGGUUGA